AUGCAAGAAACAGGGAGUCCUCGUCACAUGCAGACACUGGGCUUGAGAAAACAUCUGUCCAAGCUGGCUAUGGAUGACUUGCUUCAAAGUGAGCGAAGUCAAGUUGCUUCUAUUUUGUCUCGCCCAACCUCCCCAGGUAAAAUUGAGAUUGCGUCGACUCUUCAACCAAGUUCUCCUUCAAAUGACAGCGAGGAUCACCUUUCUGAAGAGCCUAAUGAGGCAGCUGUUGAGCCCGCGACGCUGUCAUCAACUACGUCAGGGGAAGGCUCAACUUUACCACGUACGGUACAACCCAGCGAUGGGGGUGGAAGUUUCACAUUACCUGGAACGAUGCAGUUGGAGGCCCCAGCGGACCUUCAGACUCAGUCAGUUGGCGAUGUCGAUUGGGAUAAAUUCUUUGCGAGUACUAGUGUAGGGAGGCAGCAGGAAAAUAUGGAUACAGGUACUGGAGACACAACGGAAAUAAUCUUCCAAUCAGGUUUCGAUCAUGCUUUCGUUGAAUUCUAUGCGAACAAAAAUGUUGAAAUGCAAGCCUGGGCAGAUUUUAGUUCAUCAUUGGGCUUUGAGUGA